CCGGCACCGCCGCGUCUCAUCCGGGUCCUGCUGGCGGCCGUUGGGCAUGGCGACGGUGGCGGAGCUGAAAGCAGUUUUAAGGGACACACUGGAGAAAAGAGGUGCUCUUGGACAAAUCAAAGCAAGGAUCAGAGCUGAAGUUUUUAAUGCACUGGAUGACCAAAGUGAACCACGGCCACCACUGUCUCAUGAAAAUUUCUUAAUCAAUGAACUGAUUCGUGAAUACCUGGAAUAUAACAAAUAUAAAUAUGCAGCAUCUGUUUUAACUGCAGAAUCUGGCCAGCCUGAAGUGCCCUUGGACAGACAGUUUCUUGCCAAAGAGCUGAACGUAGUAGAAGACACAAAUGGAAAAUCAGUCAGACCUCUCUUGUAUGGAAUUAUCUCUUAUUUCUUACAUGGUGCUAAAGAAGAAAGUACCCAGAAUACCUUUCCAAAAGUGUCUUUGCUGAAUUAUCCAAAGCAAAACCUUGGGAAACCACCUGCUGAGAGAAAUCAAAAAGAUAGAAUUCCAGAACCAGGAAGGAUAGCUGGCACAAGCAUCGAAGAGCCCCUUGUUUUACAAAGUAUUAACAGAUGAUACCUUUCAUAUGCUAACUUCUCAUGUGAAGUUCUCCAAGAGUUUCUUUAGAAAAUUCCUCAUUAUGUCCAGUGGAACCAUUCCAGCUUGUUAGAUCUACCCAUGAGACAGGGUGAGAGGGUCAUACUCACUGUCAAUGAAAAAAAUGUUAGCAUGAUUCUAUGAAAGGCUCUUUUCCUCCCUGCCUGACAGAAGGAAAACUGUACAUACAGUCAGAUCAGUGAAGCCUGUGUCUAGAAUUUGGCCUAAAAAUACUGGGUUUAAUUUAUUAAAAUUUAUUAGAUAACUUAUAAUUUCUGCACUUUCCUUUUUAUAUUACAUCUUUGACUUCCCUGUGUUUUUUGAAUAAAAUUUUUCAGUUUUA